AUGAAUCUUCUCAACACGGAUGCGGAGAACCGCGUGGUGUUGAACGUGGGUGGAAUCCGACACGAAACUUACAAGGCCACGUUGAAGAAGAUCCCAGCGACGCGCCUCUCCCGUCUAACGGAGGCCCUCGCUAACUACGACCCAGUUCUCAAUGAAUAUUUCUUCGACAGACAUCCCGGCGUGUUCGCACAAGUCCUGAAUUAUUACAGGACAGGUAAGCUGCAUUACCCAACGGAUGUGUGUGGACCUUUAUUUGAGGAAGAGCUCGAGUUUUGGGGGUUAGAUGCCAACCAAGUAGAACCUUGUUGCUGGAUGACAUACACACAGCAUCGAGAUACACAAGAAACUCUGGCAGUGCUAGAUCGUUUGGAUCUCGAUACGGAGAAACCUUCUGAUGAGGAGGUGGCGAGGAAAUUCGGAUUUGAAGAUGAUUACUACAACGGAACAGUCUCCUGGUGGCAACAGCUGAAGCCUCAAAUGUGGUCAUUAUUUGAUGAACCUUACAGCUCGAACGCGGCUAAGAUUAUCGGUGUGAUAUCUGUGUUUUUUAUUUGUGUAUCAAUAAUAUCAUUCUGUCUAAAAACGCACCCGGACAUGAGAGUGCCAGUGAUCAGAAACUACACAGUGACAACCGCUAAUCAAACCCAAAGUUGGGCAUUGGACAAAGUGCAAACAAAUGCCCACAUAGCGUUCUUUUACAUCGAGUGUGUGUGCAACGCGUGGUUCACCCUCGAAAUCCUCGUUAGAUUCAUAUCAUCGCCCAAUAAGUGCGAAUUCGUAAAAUCAUCCGUCAACAUCAUAGAUUACAUAGCAACGAUGAGCUUCUACAUCGAUUUGAUUCUACAGAAGUACGCCUCCCACGUAGAGAAUGCUGACAUUCUGGAGUUCUUUUCCAUCAUACGAAUCAUGAGGCUUUUUAAAUUGACACGACAUUCGUCCGGCCUUAAGAUACUUAUCCAGACAUUUAGAGCGUCAGCGAAGGAGUUGACAUUGUUAGUGUUUUUCUUGGUGCUCGGUAUUGUAAUUUUUGCCAGUCUCGUGUAUUAUGCGGAGAGAAUACAAACGAAUCCACAUAACGACUUCAACAGCAUACCAUUGGGGUUGUGGUGGGCUCUAGUUACCAUGACUACUGUAGGCUAUGGUGACAUGGCUCCGAAAACAUAUGUCGGUAUGUUUGUCGGCGCCUUGUGCGCUUUGGCUGGCGUGUUGACGAUAGCCCUGCCAGUGCCGGUCAUCGUCUCCAACUUCGCCAUGUACUAUUCACAUACUCAAGCUAGGGCAAAACUGCCGAAAAAGAGGCGAAGAGUUAUUAACGUAGAACCGACGAGACCACCAUUACGAGCGCCGGGGAUUCCAGGUGGCCCAGCAGGUCCCAUUGCACCUGGCAUGGGCCCACAAGCUGUGAACAGAAGAAUGAACGCAAUUAAAACAAAUCAUCCGAAAGACAUGAUGGGACCUAAUAUGGGUAAUCAAGUGUUAUUUCAGGGAAUCUCUUCAAUACUUCGACUAUUUGUAAGUCCACACCUCAACCAGAUCAGGCACCUCUCAAUACGGCGGUACAAGUGUAAAAUCGACAUUUACAAUGUCGCCAGCCUAAUGCCAGGAAUGGAUUUAACGGUUGCCACUCGUCUUACCCCAAGCCCCCGUGACAUAAGUCCAGCACUCGCCUUAGCGAUACCAAUGAUGAAGUCUGUAAACAUAGUACCAGCUCAAUGCUUCGAUAAUAUGGCGUAUAAUAGCGAAAAAAUAGAAGAUAAACCUAAAAAUGAGAGUAAUAGCACAAGUAGACAAGAUAGUAUUGAAAGCAAUAACACUGUGAAAGCAAAUAAUUAUAGCAAUGAAUAUGAAAAAUGCGAAGAAAAAACGGAUGCUCGUACCCCUUUGUUGAGAGACCACAAAAUUGAAUCUCUGGACGAGACAAAAUUAAGAGACAACAAAGUAGAAAAAAGAAAAUCAUCGGCUUCUACGUAA